AUGGAAUCAAAAAAAUGCCUUACCCCUGAUGAUACAUUAGACUACAUCAUUAGUGCGGACUCCGAAAGUUCCUCUCAGAGGAAACCACGAAACAAUGCAGCCACCGGGGCUUCUGCUGCUGGCGUUCGAGCUCUUAGCGCGCAGUUGGUUGCAUUCUACUUCAGAGCGCCCAUAAAAGCUUUCUUCCGCACCAGAGUUGAUUAUAUGGCAUUUGCCAGAGCUGUCAAUCCUCAUUCAGCUGAAAGCCGAUGGUCUUUGCGUACCACAACACCGGGGUUACUUGUUCAUGCUGUUCGCACAUAUGGAUGGCGUUUUAUUCCAAACCAGAUCAUGCCUCCCCUUUUGGCAAAUGCUGGGGUUGGUGCUGUGUUGUAUACAUCAUACCUCCAAGUCCUUGGAGGCUUGUAUGAACCAGUGUCUCGUGGGGUGAAGCGUAUUUACCCGCCUGCUAGUCCAUUGUAUACAUUUACGGCUGGUUUUACAGCUGGAACCAUCCAGUCAGUCGUGGCUGCGCCUUUGGAUGCACUUCAGGUUCGUCUUCGUGCGAAUGACAUACUCGACGGCCAGUAUCGGAGUAUGUGGCAUUACGGUCAAUAUAAACUCAAACAAAUAGGCAUUCGUGGUAUCUUCGCUGGGUGGAGUCUGUCCUUUCUACGUGACGCUUUUGGGUAUGGCGUCUUUUUCUCGUUCUUCGAGUAUAUCAAAUCGCAGGCAUACUAUUCUUUUAUUACGGGAUACUACGGAUCAUUGGGCGUUCUGCACAUGGACGAGUUACCGUCUACUCAGUCCAGUGAUCGCGGUGUUCCGCUCAUCAAGCCCCACUAUACUCUGGAGCCAUGCUUCUUGAUGGUCGCAGGUGUUGCGGCAUCCGUAGCGCAACAAGCAAUACAGCACCCGCUGAGCCUCAUACAAAACCUCCACGUUGCGCGGCUAGAAUAUCUUGAUCGCCAGGCAAGUCUCCACCCUCCUAGGCGACAAAUGCUACGCCUCUAUUAUCUCGCUUAUCAGGAGACAUAUAAGCGAUGCAAAAAGAAGGCCACGCGAGCUGGUGGCUGGCGCCGGUGGUUGUUUCGCGGAUUUGUAAGAAACGCUAUUCGCCAAGUGCCUAGCACUAGCACUGGUCUGGUGAUCUUCGAAUUGGUGCGUCGUAAAUAUGCCAAUUUGGCAGAUGCGGUGUAUAUUCGGAAGGAUGGGGCUGGUGUCUCAGCCCAUCACAACCGUCAACAUUACUUCGACAUCUUCACCACGAACUUCCUCAAGACAUUCGAAUCUGCUAGUGAGAAGGGUAGCCGGCGUUCUUUAUCUGCACAAUCUGCCGAGUCUGAAGAUUCACUUUGGAUAGACACUGGUGACUUAGCUGAACAGCUGGCUGAUGAAGAAGAUCCUCUCCGGAUCCGCCUCAGAGAAUCUCUGGACCGUGAGAUAUCUAGCCCUAGUCGACUGGGGUCGAGGGCCCGAGCAAAACACCCGAAACGAGUGCAUUACCCAGACGAAAGCAACCUUAUCACUGGGCAAGCCGAAGCCGAGAAAGUAUCGAUAGAGAUACCCCGCCCUCCGCCUCGACGUAUCUCACGGAUCGAACGUCUUCUAGCUGUUAUAAUGUCUCCAAGCAACCGACAGACGGCACAGGUGCAUGGCUUAGUUGGGAAGCCACUGCUGUACUUCACUAGUGUUUUUGUAUCUUUAGGCGUCUUUCUCUUUGGUUAUGAUCAAGGUGUUAUGUCUGGUAUCAUCACUGGUUGGUAUUUCAAGGAUUACUUUAACCAGCCAUCGCGCGCUGCGAUUGGCACGGUUGUGGCAAUUCUCGAGGUUGGGGCCUUUAUAUCCUCAUUACUUGUUGGACGUAUUGGAGACUUGAUAGGUCGCCGGCGGACUAUUCUAUAUGGGUCAAUAGUCUUCUUCAUAGGUGGGGCAUUGCAGUCAUUCGCAAAUGGAUUGGCCAUGAUGAUGGUCGGCCGUAUCGUCGCUGGUUUAGGGGUUGGUGCAUUGUCAACAAUCGUACCUGUUUACCAGUCUGAAAUAUCGCCCCCUCACAAUCGAGGAAAGCUGGCUUGUAUUGAGUUCACCGGAAAUAUUUCCGGAUACGCCGCCAGCGUCUGGGUUGAUUACUUCUGUAGCUUCAUUGACAGUAACUACUCAUGGCGCUUACCGUUACUGUUCCAGUGUGUAAUGGGAGCUCUCCUUGGACUAGGAAGUCUCAUCAUAUGUGAAUCACCGAGAUGGCUGUUAGACAAUGAUUAUGACGAGGAGGGCAUGGUAGUCAUUGCUAAUCUCUACGGACAAGGCGAUUUACAUAAUGACAAGGCAAGGCAGGAGUACAGGGAAAUCAAAAUGGAUGUCCUUCUUCAGCGGCAAGAAGGUGAGAGAUCUUACACUGACAUGUUCAAGCGAUACCGCAAACGGGUCUUGAUAGCCAUGUCCGCUCAGGCGCUAGCCCAGCUAAAUGGUAUCAAUGUAAUCUCGUACUACGCUCCGCUUGUUUUUGAAUCAGCAGGGUGGGCGGGCCGCGAUGCUAUUUUGAUGACCGGUAUCAAUGCAAUUUCGUACCUCGCAUCCACAGUGCCUCCGUGGUACCUUGUUGACCGAUGGGGAAGGCGACCAAUCCUCCUUUCGGGAGCAGUGGCUAUGAUUAUCUCUCUUUCGUUGAUCUCGUACUUCAUUUUCAUCGAUGUUGCAGCAACUCCCACGCUCACUGUAAUUCUCGUUAUGAUCUAUAAUGCUGCAUUUGGCGCAUCUUGGGGACCUAUCCCAUGGCUAUAUCCGCCCGAGAUCCUACCAUUAAGCAUUCGCGCAAAAGGUGCCAGUCUUAGCACCGCUACAAACUGGGCUUUCAAUUGGCUCGUCGGAGAGGUCACACCUGUCCUUCAGGCCGUUAUCAAAUGGCGUCUCUACCUCGUACACGCCUUCUUUUGUGCGUGCAGCUUCGUCCUUGUUUACUUCUUGUAUCCGGAAACUAGUGGUGUCCGCCUUGAAGACAUGGAUACUCUGUUUGGGGACGCAACGACCGCCAUGCCAACACCCGCUUCGCAAGGGGAGCGUGGCUCUCUCAUGAGCGUUGGUUCUCCUGUGUCUGCGCUUGACAUUCGGCGGCAAUAUGGCCAAUUUGGACCAGAUAAUGCCAUACCUGGCUUAGAAAUUGAUCCUCCAAGCAUCAAUCCUGGUGAGAACGCUAAAGUGAUACGGCGUGGUUCUCAAGAAGGCAGUGGCGACCGCCGUGAGGGAUUCGGUGGUUGGAUCUCGAAUAUGGUCUCUCGUCAUAAGGGAUCAUCAGGGCAAGGACUACAAGCUAAUCAAUAUAGACGUCUUGGACAAGUCGACGCGGAAGAGUAG